AAUGGGCGGGGACUAAAGAAACACAUCAUUUGUCUGCUGCCUUCUUGUGACACAUUCAGUGCCUCCCGUAGAGAAGACAUCACAAUGACUGAUCCAAACACAUCAUUCUCUUGGGAUGACUUUGCCUCCAUUUAUGACGUGCUCAACUUUACUUAUAAUUACACAGAGUUUUUCCCCGACCCUGCCACCCUGCCCUGUAACUUCCACACCAUCCCAGACACUGUCAUGAUUGUUGUCAGUGUCUUUUAUGUCCUCAUCUUUCUUUUGGCAGUUCCUGGAAAUCUGGUGGUGGGGCUGGUGAUUGGUUUAAGCACAAAGUCUCUGCCCCCCUCUGAUCUCUACCUUCUCCACCUGGCGAUUGCAGACCUCUUGCUGGCCAUUACUCUCCCAUUCUGGGCCACCUCAGUUACUCUGGGCUGGGUGUUUGGAGAUGCUAUGUGCAAAAUAGUCACCAUCCUCCAAGAGGUGAGCUUCUACUCAACCAUUCUCUUCCUCACUUGCAUCAGUGUGGACCGUUACAUGGUGAUUGUACGCGCUAUGGAGGUCCGUAAGACUAAUCGACAGGUGGUCAGCUGGGGAGUUUGCGCUGGUGUCUGGAUUGUCGGAGCAGUUCUGUCCCUGCCAGGCUUCUUCAGUUCUGCUUUCACGUCUAAAAACUCUAGUCACAUACUGUGUGCUGAACAAUAUGACCCCAGCAGUGCUGAUGAGUGGCGGCUGGCCACCAGAGUUCUUCGCCAUACUUUGGGUUUUGUCAUCCCCCUGGCCAUCAUGCUGCCCUGCUACGGAAUCACCAUCCACCGUCUCCUCCACGUCCGUGGGGGGUUUCAACGCCAGCGAGCCAUGAAAGUGAUCAUAUUCGUGGUCCUCGCCUUCCUGCUUUGUUGGAUGCCCUACCACAUAGCAGUGAUGGCGGACACAUUUUUCAGGGCAAAGAUAGUGGCCUAUCAGUGCGCUGCGAGGACGGCAGUGGACCAGGCCAUGUUUGCCACCCAGAGUCUGGCUCUGCUACACAGCUGUUUAAACCCAGUGCUGUACGCUUUCUUGGGAGAGAAGUUCAGGAGAAGGCUUUUGCAGUUAAUGGCAAAGAUGGGCAUCAUUGAAAGACCGUCAUUGUCAAGAAGCAGCAGAUCUUCACUGUCAUCAGAGGUCACAGCUACAAUCAUGUGAGAACAUCAGAGACAUUUGAAACUGUUCACAUCAGCUGAGGAGAAUGUAGGCCUGCUAUUUUUUUUUCUCUGUAUUUGUAUUGCAGCUAAUAUUUGGAAAAUA